AUUGCAGAGACCUCUCUGUCAGUAUUGAGAUGGUGGAAAGUGAGGAGAAGCAAAAAGAUGACUACUUCUUUCCCCAUUCCCUGGUCUGGUUUUUUUGGGGUCUACGUAGAGGUGCAUCAGCCUGCGCUACCAUGGAGGCAGGAGGCAUUCUUUCUGCUCUCGCACGUUUGAUGCAAAUGAUUUGUAUCAGGGGCAGAAUUUUAACAAGGUCCUCAGUUCCUUAGUGACUCUAAAUAAAGUAACAGCAGACAUCGGGCUGGGGAGUGACUCCGUGUGUGCCCGGCCCUCGUCUCACCGCAGAAAGUCUUUUGACUCCCUUGGAUCACAGUCUUUGCACGCUCGGACUUCCAAACUGCUCCAGGGCCAGUAUCGGAGUUUGGACAUGACUGAUAAUAGCAACAAUCAACUGGUAGUAAGAGCAAAGUUUAACUUCCAGCAGACCAAUGAGGACGAGCUUUCCUUCUCAAAAGGAGACGUCAUCCAUGUCACCCGUGUGGAAGAGGGAGGCUGGUGGGAGGGCACACUCAACGGCCGGACCGGCUGGUUCCCCAGCAACUACGUGCGCGAGGUCAAGGCCAGCGAGAAGCCUGUGUCUCCCAAAUCAGGAACGCUGAAGAGCCCUCCCAAAGGAUUUGAUACGACCGCCAUAAACAAAAGCUAUUACAAUGUGGUGCUACAGAAUAUUUUAGAAACAGAAAAUGAAUAUUCUAAAGAACUUCAGACUGUGCUUUCAACCUACCUACGGCCAUUGCAGACCAGUGAGAAGUUAAGUUCAGCAAACAUUUCAUAUUUAAUGGGAAAUCUAGAAGAAAUAUGUUCUUUCCAGCAAAUGCUCGUACAGUCUUUAGAAGAAUGCACCAAGUUGCCCGAAGCUCAGCAGAGAGUCGGAGGCUGCUUUUUAAACCUGAUGCCACAGAUGAAAACCCUGUACCUCACGUAUUGUGCCAAUCACCCUUCUGCAGUGAACGUCCUCACGGAACACAGUGAGGAGUUGGGGGAGUUCAUGGAGACCAAAGGUGCCAGCAGCCCUGGGAUUCUCGUGCUGACCACGGGCCUGAGCAAACCCUUCAUGCGCCUGGAUAAAUACCCUACGCUGCUCAAAGAGCUCGAGAGACACAUGGAGGAUUAUCAUACAGAUAGACAAGAUAUUCAGAAAUCUAUGGCUGCCUUCAAAAACCUUUCAGCCCAAUGUCAAGAAGUCCGGAAAAGGAAAGAACUUGAGCUGCAGAUCCUGACGGAAUCCAUCCGGAACUGGGAGGGCGAUGACAUUAAAACUCUGGGCAACGUCACUUACAUGUCCCAGGUCCUGAUCCAGUGUGCUGGAAGCGAGGAAAAGAAUGAAAGAUAUCUUCUACUAUUCCCAAAUGUUUUGCUAAUGUUGUCUGCCAGUCCUAGGAUGAGUGGCUUUAUCUAUCAGGGAAAGCUUCCAACGACAGGAAUGACAAUCACAAAGCUUGAGGACAGUGAAAACCAUAGAAAUGCAUUUGAAAUAUCAGGGAGCAUGAUCGAGCGGAUAUUAGUGUCAUGCAACAACCAGCAGGAUCUGCAGGAAUGGGUGGACCACCUACAGAAGCAAACGAAGGUCACAUCUGUGGGAAACCCCACCAUAAAGCCUCAUUCGGUGCCGUCUCAUACCCUGCCCUCCCACCCGGUCACUCCGUCCAGCAAGCACGCAGACAGCAAGCCCGCGCCGCUGACGCCCGCCUACCACACGCUCCCCCACCCCUCCCACCACGGCACCCCGCACACCACCAUCAACUGGGGACCCCUGGAGCCUCCGAAAACACCCAAGCCCUGGAGCCUGAGCUGCCUGCGGCCCGCGCCUCCCCUCCGGCCCUCAGCUGCCCUCUGCUACAAGGAGGAUCUUAGUAAGAGUCCCAAGACCAUGAAAAAGCUGCUGCCCAAGCGCAAACCUGAACGGAAGCCUUCCGAUGAGGAGUUCGCGUCCCGGAAAAGCACAGCUGCUUUGGAAGAAGAUGCUCAGAUUCUGAAAGUCAUCGAAGCUUACUGCACCAGCGCCAAAACAAGGCAAACACUCAAUUCAAGUUCACGCAAAGAAUCUGCUCCACAAGUUUUGCUUCCAGAAGAAGAGAAAAUUAUAGUGGAAGAAACUAAAAGUAAUGGUCAGACAGUGAUAGAAGAAAAGAGUCUUGUGGAUACCGUAUAUGCAUUAAAGGAUGAAGUUCAAGAAUUAAGACAGGAUAACAAAAAGAUGAAGAAAUCUCUAGAGGAAGAACAGAGAGCCCGCAAAGACCUAGAGAAGCUGGUGAGGAAAGUCCUGAAGAACAUGAACGAUCCUGCCUGGGACGAGACCAAUCUAUAAGGGACGUCCUUAGUUCUUUCUGUCGAUGACCAGUUCUGAGGUGAAGCUGGGCACCCCUGACCCACGUCGGGGUGCACUCAGGACCACAGGGCAGGGCUGGGUGGGGCACCACCUCGCUCUCUGUACAUAGAAAAGCUGGAGCUUAUUCUGCGAAUGGAGACGAUCAAACCGUGACUGAUGAAUCCAGACAGGAGGGAUUGACUCUGAGGACCUGAGCUGCAUCAGUCCCACUCUGUGACCAUCUCAGUUACCUCAUUCUGCAAUAAGUUCAGUGACUGACUAAAAGUCUUGUUUUUCCAGACUUUGAAUUGAAUAUAUAAAUAUUAUAUAUACAUGUUUCUUGUAAAUAUCCCAUUUUGAAUGCAUACCCGUGGUGGUUCUGUCCGGGCUAAUCCCCAUGCUAGAAUGUCCUUUCCAGCUACGUGAGUAAGAAGCCCCAUGCCCGCACCCACCGGAAGCAGAAGCCCGGUGGAUGCCUGGUUCGUUCCCCAGCACCAGGGCCUCCACCGUGCUGUGACAGCACCCCCCAUGUCGGUGUUUCUGAAUAACCUUAUUUAUACCUGCAGAGAUACACGUCAGUCCCAUUCGGAAGUCUUCUCUGAAAGCAGCGUUCCAAUCCCAGACCUGCGGGGUUCCGAGGGCAGCUUGCUGGUUGACAGAUUCAGUCUCGACCUCAAGGAAGGCCCAUCCGGCACCGCUGCAUCCACCUGGAGGUGUUUGCUCUUGUCCGCUGUCUGAGUACUGUGAUUCUCAGAUGGAUUUGCUGUGUUUUGGGAGAUGACACAGACGUUUCUGUGCAGACUAGUUCAGUAACAACAAAAUACACUGUUUUGUCUUCCCUUGAAGAGAGCUCUUACUAGAACCUGUAAAUAGAAUGUAUUAUUUAUUGUAGGUCACUGCAGCUGACGAGAACAGAUGGAGGCCAUGCUCCAGACUGAUACUGAUGGGUGGAGCUUUGCCGUCAGGCCAGCCUCAUCCUGAGGUCUGCUUCACCACUGGCUGCAGCCAGCAGGCUUCAGUGCUCACCGAAAGUGAAAUCCCCUCCUUCAGCAAGCAUAAAGCAAUAUACACCCUAGGUUCCACUAAGCAACGCAGGCGUAAGCAGGGAGCGUUUCCCCCACUGUGUUCCAGUGCAGAGGAGACGGACGAAGCCUGUGCUCGCCGCGGCUUGCUGGGCCCAGGCUGGCUCUGGAAAGCCUGUGCAGUCCUGGGCGGGAAGCCCAGCCCGUGGGGCAGGUUUUCGUUCUGCUUCAGCAAUAAAUAAGGGUGACCGCAGGGACUUUGCUUCUGGUUUCCCUUCCCGUGAAGAGGUUGGUUUUAAAGUGAGAUACACUUUUCCGUAGAACCAAGUGUUCUAUCUUUAAACACCAAAAUUGCAACGCCAUGGAUCACUGGUCUCAGAACAGCUCAUUUUGCAUCAGAUUUGACUUUCUGCUUUUCCGUCUAUUGGCCAAAUUGCCCUUUAACUGCACCUGAAUCCUUUGUAUACUGAUGCCUUUGAGCUGGGCACCCUGGGAGAGUGUUCUGUCACUGUUUACGGUUCUUCCUUGCCCUUGCUAAUUACAGUCUCUGGUGCCCAGCAAGGCCCCUUCCUGCUUCCUUCCCUGACUCCGGUCACGGGGUCUGCCUGGGCUCAGCAUGGACCUGACCCAUGCUCGCAGAACCUGGCCUCACCUGGACUUCUCACUAGAAUUGCCAGCUUCCUCAACUUAGCAGAUUACUCACUCAUGCAGGCACAAGCAAAGAUCAACACUUUCUCUUUUGGUAAGCUUGAGUUUUACAAGUUAUUUUUUGGUGAUGCGUAAGACAUUGCAGUGGGAAACCAUUCAACUUGAGCGUACUGGAGUUUGCUGUCGUAGCAGGUUUUAACUCAGGAACAACUCUCCUCUGAUCUCUCCGCCCUCUGCCGGGAGGCGACGUUCGCCGUCCUCUCGGAGCCGGUAGCGUUGCUGUCCGAGUCCCCAGGACGGAUCUCCUGCAGACCUGCCUUAAUGCUCAGAUCGAAGUAUUUCACAAGAAUACUUGUGUUUUUAACAGCCCUUCCCCUAGACGGUGCGGCC